GAAAGGUAUUAUACCAGUUUAUUGGUGUUAACAAGAAAAAAGAUGGCGGACGUGUUAGACUUGGACGGUGGUGGGGAAGAUUUUGAAGUAGACGAAGAAGGAGAUCAAAGUGUGCAGAAGUUGAAAGAGAGAGCCAAAAGGCGAAAAGGACGAGGCUUUGGAUCAGAUGGAACUGCCAGAGAAGAUAUUCGAAAUUAUGAAGCAAUGGAAACAGAUGACAAUGAUGAACCUGGACCUCAACGUUCUGUGGAAGGCUGGAUAUUGUUUGUUACUGGAGUUCAUGAAGAAGCACAGGAAGAUGAUAUUUAUGAUAAAUUUGCAGAAUAUGGAGAAAUAAAGAACAUUCACUUAAACCUAGACAGGCGUACAGGUUUUCUAAAGGGAUAUGCACUUGUAGAAUAUGAAACAUUUAAAGAGGCUAAUGCAGCGAUAGAAGCAAUGAAUGGGUCAGAUAUGCUUGGACAGACUAUCAGUGUAGAUUGGUGUUUUGUUAAAGGACCAACUAAAAAGAAACGUAGCCACAGAAGACGUCAUUGAAAGUUUGUUGUACUUGUUGUUUUCUUUUAUAUGUAAUUACACUUUUUGUUAUAAUAUUCAUAAAGAAUAAAAUAUCACUGAUACUUUUCAAGUACUUGCUAAUAUGUAUUGAAACCCUAUUUUUAACAUACGUACAUACAGAGAUUAAAUGUUUGAAAUUGUGAAGUUGAAUGAACAUUUCUUGUGCAUUUUAAAAUAGCUUCCCCAUAUUAUAAUAACCUGGCAAUUUAUUUUCUUAUAACUAUGUUAAUAUUCACUCUUCUAUCAUACUUUCAUUAAUUCAAUAUCUGUAACAAAAGGUAAAGUUACUUCUUUACAGAAAAUGUUUCACGUUAUUAAUAUAUGUUUGAACAUCAUAAACUUUGACAUUACACUUCUUGGCUUGAUUUUGGAAGAUUAAGUUCAUCCAAGUAAUUUUCAAUUUUUUUUCUUAAAUGAUGAGAAUGCUCAAUAAAAGUAUCACACUGAACUAUUAAGUAUCAGUUCAUACACUAACUGUACUAAGUGAAAAUGUUGUGCAUUAAAAAUGUCCACUGCAGAUUUCUCUAUGUCAUUUUAUUUGUUCUACAAUAUGUCUACCAAUUACAAUUGUUAACUGAUGUAUGUCAUCUGGUUGCAAUCCUACAUCCACAUGCCACAGUCCGUAGUUGACAAUAUGCAGAUUUACAAGUAUUUCCAUAAUAACUUGAUGUGUAAUCUCAAAUUUCUAAAGAUACUCUGUUUUUAAUUAAUGCAGUUACUUUAUUAAGUUCCUUGAAUGAUAUAAAUAAAUAGAAGUACAAUAUAUUGUUACAUAAUUUGGUUCAAAAAAAUGUGUUAAAAAUAGAUGUUUCAACUUUUUAGUACAUACUUCCAGUUACUAGUUAUAUGGUGAACUAACUGGGAGUAACAAAUACAUAAUUUUCUGCAAUUUUAGUUAACGUCAGAGUAUUGUACCUAUAGUUGUUUCGUAAGAAUUAAACAUCCAUAACAACAUAUAUUAUUAUUUUCAUAUACAUUUGGUUAGUUAUUUUAAACUUUUCAAAAUUAUAAGGGUAUUAGGAUGUAGACACUUUUGAUCUUGUAAUCAGUUUUGUUAGAAUAUGGGGCAUAUUUGUUUCAUUGUUCGUUAAAUAGUAGGUUACAAAAUUACAGGAUUACAUACACUUUAAGUUAGUCAAAAAAAACUAUUGCAAUAACACUAGAUCUCAAACAGUGCUAUAAAAGUGAAGGUUCUGCAAAGAAUGAUUUCAUAAUAUGCUCAUUUUUAACAUGCCAGAAUACAUAUGCAUUAUUUAACUUAUACUUUUGAUCCUUGAUUAUUACAGCAAUAACAAACUGAAUGUAUAUGAUUGGAUGAUUAUGUAGAAUGCACUUUGAAAGUGUGAUAUUUCUUUAAUUAGAAUAAUAGUAUUUAUAGGCAUUCACUUCAUAAUAGUUUGUACUACUGAAGCAUUUCUUAUAAGGACUUGGAACAGGCAUUAACUCUUCUAGAGCCGGGACUCUCAAUUAUGGUAUGUGUAAUGCUGAUGGUCCGUGGAACUAAUGUCAGUGGUACAAGAUGAAAUCAAUGUAAAAAAUUAUAAAAUUUGUAAUAAGCCCAAUUUUAGCUUACUACAUAUACGCACUACCCUCCUCACAUCUAGACUCACUUUCCAGUGUUUUUUCUUCCCUUCAAAUUGAUAAAACUCUCACUAUAUAUUCAGUGUGCCAGAUAAAACAUUCACAUCUCCAUUAAUAGGUAAGUGUUAAAAAUACAAAUUUUUGCUAGUACGUACUUUUUUUUUUUUGAAAGUAUGAGAACCACUGGUCUAGAGGCUUGUUGACACUGACACAAGAACUGAUUAUUAUUGGAAGUGUGUACAUUAAAAAUUUUAAUUAUAUUGCUUGUACACUGUAUUAACCUAAAAAUAAAAUUCAGUUGCAAAACAA